UUUAUUUGUCUGUGUAUGAGAAUUUUGUCUGCAUGUAUGUAUGUGACUCAUGUGUGUACCUGCUGCCUGUGUACGACAGCAGAGGAUAUCAGAUCCAGUGGAACUUGAGUUACAGUUUCAGCCCCCAUAUGGGUGGUAGGAACUGAAGCCAGGUCCUCUGCAAAGCAACGAGUGCUAUUAAGUACCGAGCAUCUCUCCAGCCCCAAAUAAAUAUAAUUCUUUAAAAAGAAAGGACAGGGUCUCAGAAGUACCACUGCUAGCUUGGAAAUCACUGUGUAGAGCAGGCUGGCUCCCCCUGCCUCUGCUUCCCAGGCACUGGGACUAAAGUCAUGCACCACAAUGCUUGGCUGUACCCCCUUUACUUUAUUUUAAUGUCUAAUAAUUUUAACUUGUAUUUAAUGGCUCUAUAUAAUCUAAAAAAAAAAAAAAUUAAAGCUAUGCCAGCACUUAGUUACUAGAACCCAUGUAAGUGGGCAUUUUGGUUCCAUCCAGUCUUGCAUUAUAGUAUGUUGUAAUAAAUAACUUUGUAUAGAGAUUUUUUUAUAUAUUUUUUGAUAGAAAAUAAGGGUGAGUUCCUACAAGAAAAGGGGCGUCGUUAGGUCAAGGGAAGGUACAUUUUAUGUUGCCACAGGUUUUGACAAAUUGCUGUUCUGUGGAGUUGGUUGAUGGGUAUGUGUGCUGGUACGGGAUUUGAGAGCGUCCGUGUCUACAUGGCCUCACCACAUGGUCUACAGUGCAUUUUCACUGAGCGAGAGUGGUUUUGCUGAUGACAGGUGAGAGCCUCAACCCAAGGACUUGGUUUACCUGUGUCCUGUUGUAAAUGAGGCUUAGCAUCUUUUCAGGGUUGGGCUGUUUCUGAUUCCUUCCUGGGGCAUUCUCCAGGUCGCUUCUCUCUUUCCUACUGGGUCCAGGCCUGCAGGGGCUUCUCAUGCCCUAAGUGUCUGCUGCAAGAUGCCUGUUGGCAGCUUUGGACCUUUUUAUGUGCUCUCUGCAAGUGGACUUUAAAAAGUGAUUUUAUGCAACAACCUACUGCUCUUGUAAUCCUGAUACAGUAUUUCAGCGUGUUCCGUCGCGGCCUCUGGAGGUAGACGUGUCUCAGAAUGGCCUUCUUCACAGGAGACUCUUUCAGAGUUAUUGUCAUUUCUUCUAGACCUUUCCUGGUUUGUUUCUCAUGUUUAAUGCUAACUUGCCCUUAUGCUUCUGGGUCCUGUGGCCUAACUUUCCCCUGUGGCUGUGGAGCCUCUGCCAGCCCCCUUCCAUUCUCUAAGCCCUGUUUGUGAGCAUGUAGGCCUCUGUUCACUGGCCACUCUUGUCGCAGGAUUGCCUCCUUCACCCAUUGGUGAUUUCUCUUUUUGUCAUUCCUUUUAGAAUGUAGCAUUUAGGUGAGCCCUAGUUCAGAUGAGGAAGGAGAACUCUAGAUCUUUAUGUGAGGUUAUUCAUUAAGCUUUGUGCGCCACGCCUUCCUGUUCCCUCCGGUGCCUCUUCAUGCUGGUGGUGGUCAAUCCAUGUGCCUGACCUGUCACCACUUUCACCUUAGACCCUGUUAGCCCUCCCAGGCCUAAGCAGUUAUCUAGAUGCCCUGCCCUCUGUGCACUUUCACCUAGUUGGGGAGUUGGCCUGAGCUUGAGGUGAACUAUAAAGGGAGGAGCCAGGAGAGUCUCAUUUUCUGGGUAUUGACUCAAAGAGCUCUCCGCUCUACCACAGCCAGAUCCGGCUGACUGCCAGCACAUCCAAACGUAUUAGCUUCCUUAUGAUGGUUUAAUGCUUUCUUAUUUUACUUCCUGUGAUCACAGAAACUCAUUUUCAGCUUCUGCCAAAGCCAGCAACUCUGGGAAAGAGUCUGCUCCUUGAAUACCUCUGCAGGUGUCAACAAGGCUCAAGGAGCAGGAUGGAUCUCGAUGUGGUUAACAUGUUUGUGAUUGCGGGUGGGACCCUGGCCAUUCCAAUCCUGGCAUUUGUUGCGUCUUUCCUCCUGUGGCCUUCAGCACUGAUAAGAAUCUAUUAUUGGUACUGGCGGAGGACACUGGGCAUGCAAGUUCGCUACGCACACCAUGAGGACUAUCAGUUCUGUUACUCCUUCCGGGGCAGGCCAGGACACAAGCCAUCCAUCCUUAUGCUCCAUGGAUUCUCCGCACACAAGGACAUGUGGCUCAGCGUGGUCAAGUUCCUUCCGAAGAACCUGCACUUGGUCUGUGUGGACAUGCCUGGGCAUGAAGGCACCACCCGCUCCUCCCUGGAUGACCUGUCCAUAGUGGGGCAAGUUAAAAGGAUACAUCAGUUUGUAGAAUGCCUUAAGCUGAACAAAAAGCCCUUUCACCUUAUAGGCACCUCCAUGGGUGGCCACGUGGCUGGAGUAUAUGCCGCUUACUACCCAUCUGAUGUCUGCAGCCUGUCUCUCGUGUGUCCUGCUGGCCUGCAGUACUCAACUGACAAUCCUUUUGUACAACGGCUCAAAGAGCUGGAGGAGUCAGCUGCCAUUCAGAAGAUUCCCUUGAUCCCAUCCACCCCGGAAGAGAUGAGUGAGAUGCUGCAGCUCUGCUCCUAUGUCCGCUUCAAGGUGCCCCAGCAGAUCCUUCAAGGUCUUGUCGAUGUUCGCAUUCCUCAUAACAGCUUCUACCGGAAAUUGUUUUUGGAAAUCGUCAAUGAGAAAUCCAGAUACUCUCUGCAUGAGAAUAUGGACAAGAUCAAGGUCCCGACACAGAUCAUUUGGGGGAAACAAGACCAGGUGCUUGAUGUGUCCGGGGCAGACAUAUUAGCCAAGUCAAUCUCUAACUCCCAGGUAGAGGUUCUGGAAAACUGUGGCCAUUCGGUAGUGAUGGAGAGACCGAGGAAGACAGCCAAGCUCAUUGUCGACUUUUUAGCUUCUGUGCAUAACACAGACAACAAGAAGCUGAACUGAGGCUGUUGCCACAGCUUGCAUUGUGCACACAGCAUCUGCUCCCAUCCCCAAAACCUGACACAGUAACCACUCUCAGGGAUCCUGCCCCAAAUGCUGUCUGAGCACCAACAGCCCUGAGGAAGCCAGUUGCCUAUCCCAGUAUCCUUGGUUCCACAGAGCAUCAGGGGCCACAAGAAACUCUCCAGGAUCCUUUUUUUCAAAAUAGAAACCUAAAUGGAACAAACAAACAAAAAAAAAACAAAUAAAAAAAUCUAGCCAUGAAGCCUACCAGAAGUCUUCAAGUUCAUGUCACUGAGAAGCCAGUGCUAGGCAGCCACCCUGGACCACGAGCACCACGGACACUUUCUUUAAGACAUUCCUCAUACAUUAAACAUCAUCUAUUUCCGUUGUUGUUGUUGCUUCCGAUGUAUCCUCUGCAUGGUCAGUGGCUUCUUCUACAGGAGCUUUAGUCAUUUACUGAAAACUCUUGUUUAGAGCUAAGUCAAGUUUUACAUAUAGGCCACGUGUGAAUGCAGCUGCCCGUUAACCCAAGACCAGGGAAGAGACAGCGAACUGUGGAAGAGGUUUCUGCCUCGAGGCCUGAUACACAGGAGGCUGAGGCAGAAGGAUCCAAGGUCAAGGCCUGCCAGACAGGUACAGAGUGAGUUCAAGGCCAGCCUGAGCUACUGACUGAGAAGAGAAAAUGUUUCUACCUUUUUUGAUGUAGAAAUGUACAUGGGGGGUGGGGUGGGGCAUUGCUCCACCUCGGUCAGCCCUAAGAAUUGACCAAGAGGGAGAACAUACAGACUGAUGAGUUUGGGCACCCACAGAUCAGAUGCAUCUGACCAACCACAGAAGAACACCUGACUGGGAAGGUGCUCUAGGAAUGAUUUACAACUUUAGAAAUAGGACUAAUAAAGCAAUAAUGUGCUAGACUUCUGUCUAAUCAGACUGGAGGGUCACACCAAGCAGCUCAUGGGCAUCUUUUCUAUUCUGCUGUUCUACUGAAAACCCUUGGAAGUAAAAUACCGGUUUGUUAAUGAAUUCUGUGAAUUCAGUGAACAAUAGUGUGAUUGAAAAAAAAUAGUCCAAACAGCUGUAAAAGAGACCACAAUAAUGUGAAAUAAAUUUACUAAGUCUAGGCUGGCAA